AAUACAAUAAAUAGAGCCUACCCUGAUCAGUUUCUCCCAAAGAUAAACACAAGCAAGAAAAUGUCCACCUUUGCAAACACAUCCAGCAUCCUGGAAAUGUCACAAGAGAUUAAGAAAAUCUGUGGAGAUAAACAGGUAGAAAUCACAGUUGAAAGACUAAAAAUGGCAAGGUGCAUCAAAGAAAAACAAAGCAAUGAUUCUGAGAAAGUGGCCUUUAAACGGAAGGCCGAAGGUGAAGAAAAGCUCCCUGGAAAGAAAGAAGCAAAGUUAAUCGAACCUGACGGCCCGUUGAUCACCAUGCCUCUGCCUCACAUUCCCUUAAAGAAUAUCAUGGAUGUGGAGGCAAAACUGGUCUAUAUCGACGAGGAAGAUGUGAGCUAUGAGUUUGUAGAGUCCUGUAUUUCCACGGAGAUUCGGUUAUCAUGCCAAGCUACUAAAACAGUAGACCCUUUUUAUCCACCUAAAUGCAACUUUCUGCCUCAGAUUGACAAAUGGCUUCAAGUGGCCUUAAAAGAUGCCAGCUCUUGCUACAGACAAAAGAAAUACGCUGUGGCAGCAGGACAGUUCAGAACAGCACUUGAGCUUUGCAGCAAAGGAGCAGUUAUGGGAAAACCAUUUGAAGCAUCUGCUGAAGAUAUAGCAAGUGUGGCAAGUUUCAUCGAGACAAAACUUGUUACAUGCUAUCUUCGGAUGAGGAAGCCCGAUCUUGCCCUAAAUCACGCACAUAAGAGCAUUGUUUUAAACCCAGCCUAUUUCCGAAAUCAUCUUCGUCAGGCAACAGUGUUUAGAUGUCUGGAGAGAUAUUCAGAAGCUGCCCGGAGUGCCAUGAUUGCUGACUACAUGUUCUGGCUUUGUGGAGGAACUGAAUAUGGUAUAAGCAAGCUCAUCAAACUGUAUUGGCAGGCCAUGAUUGAAGAAGCUAUCACAAGAGCGGAAUCUUUUUCAGUCAUGUACACACCUUUUGCAACAAAAAUCAGAGCCGAUAAAAUAGAAAAGGUAAAAGAAGUUUUCAUAAAAACUCAUCCUGCAUAUAUGGAAUAUAUCUAUACAGAUCUUCAAGGUUUCCACAUGUUACCUCAGACAGUGGACUGGUCCUCUUUUCCUCCCCAACAAUAUCUCUUGACUCUUGGAUUCAAAAACAAAGAUGAUGGGAAAUUUUUGGAAAAGAUUUUAAGUAGAAAGUUGCCAACAUUUUUUGAACAUAAAACUCCUUUUGGUAUGCUGAAUAGAGAAGACACCAUUAGACACUUGGAAACAAUGGGGAAACGAGUCUUGCCUAUAUUGGAUUUUAUUAGGAGUACUCAAUUGAAUGGGAAUUUCCAGAUGUGCUCAGGUGUGAUGGAGAAGUUGCAGUAUGCCAGUCUCCUCAACCAGCUGCAGAGAGUAAAGGAGCAGUCCCAGACGAUCAAUCAGGCAAUGGCCGAGUUAGCAACCGCUCCCUAUCUGCAGGACAUCAGUCCACAGGAGGCAGAAUUGCUGCAGUCACUAAUGGCAGAUGCUAUGGACACCCUUGAAGGAAGAAGAAAUGAUAAAGAACGUGUGUGGAAUACAAUCCAAAAGGUUGGACGAAUUGAAGAUUUUCUUUACCAACUAGAGGAUAGCUUCUUAAAAACAAAAAAACUGAGAACUGCUCGUAGGCAGAAAACAAAAAUGAAGAGGCUUCAAACUGUGCAGCAAAGCUAA